AUGGAUUUCUCACAGAAAGACGGUAAAAAAUCAAAGAAAAGUCAAGAAAAAGCAACAACCCCGCAACCGGCGACAACCUCCAAGUUCCAACCCUCACUUCUAAACCCCGCCCAUCCAUCACAAGCACAAUCAGUUAUAAGCCCAGCAACAAAAAACACCUCGAUACCGGCACGAAAGGAAUUCACAGUGGAGGACGAUGAUGAGUUAGAAAUAGAAAGCCCUGCCAGAGAGCAACCGAAAACUCCGCUGGAGCAGACGCUGCAGGAGCGCCUGUCUCCCCCUGUCGGAAAGCUACCAGCCUCGCAGCAGCUAGGGUCAGUCGGCAGUCUAAGAAAGACCAGGUCGGCGGUUCCCCAGUUACCUGUUAGGGAUCUCCUAACUGCCCUGAAUCAAGAAAACACCCCAGAAAAAAGAAAGCGCUCGGAUCCGGCGGAAACAGAAUGGCCUGAAACAGAGCAAGUCCCAAUCGCGGAAUAUGAGCGAAGAGCGCCGGUUCUACAGAUAGCUAGACGGCAGACAAUCCAGCCAAAGGAUUCUCCUCUGUGCCGAGAAAUCCUAGAAGAAAUGAUGGAAAGGAUAAAAAUCCCGACAGGGAGAUACGAUGGGACGACGGAUCCGGAGGAUCACUGCACCACAUUCGAACAGCACAUGAUGAUGUACACAGAUUCUGAUGCCAUGUGGUGCAAAGCGUCGUUUUUGUCACGGUUUGUGAGCAAACAGAAGAGAAAGAAAUCGUCGGGAGAGUUGAUGUCGUUCGCUCAAAGAGAUAGAGAGCCGUUAAGAGAUUAUCUCACCCGCUUUAACAACGAAUCAAUCACUAUUCCCAAUUUGCAGCAGGAGGUUGCUGUUCUGGCUCUGAUGAGGGGAAUGCAAGAGUGCGAAUUCAAGAAAUAUCUCAGCCGGAAGUCAUACACCAAUCUGGGUGACAUCCUGCACAAGGCCAAUGAGUACAUCAGGGGGGAUGAAAUGAUGAAGAUCUCCAAUGUGGUAGUGGCAACCGGCGGAAAUGUCGGGUACAAUCCAGGCUAUAAUCCGCAGGCGGAAAAAGGAGGAAACAAUUUUCAUCAGAGCAAUAAUCAGCAAGGGGCAGGCCAGAGAAACCAGAAUAACAGAAAUGUCAAUCCACAGGGGCAGAGAAGCCGACAAGACAGAAGGGAGUCCAGAGGACUCUUUGAUAACUACACUCCGCUGAACACACCGCGGACGGCAAUUUAUAACAUAAACAACAAGAUGGACGGCUGGAGAAGGCCGCCACCAAUGCAGAGUAGGGAAAGGAAUGUCAAGAAAUUCUGUGACUUCCAUAAUGAGCACGGCCACCUAACAGAGGACUGCAGAGACCUCAAAGACAACAUUGAGGAUAUGGUCAGAAAGGGGUAUUUUUCACAGUAUAGGGCGAGGCAAGGAAAUGGUAACAACAACUCGGUGGGGGGAAACCCUACCAAUUCAUACCGGCCACAACAGCAAAAUCAACAACAAUACCCUAGAAUCGAGCAGCCAUAUCAGCCGCCUAGAAUCGAGCAAAAACAGCCGGAAACCAGUGCCAGAGCAGAACAGAGGGAUGGCGGGAAAAAACCACCCGUGUAUGUAAUUUCUGGCGGUCCAGUCCACGGAGGGACAAUAAGCGGCGCCAGUAGAAGCUUGGAGGAACACAGGCAAAUGGUAAACUAUCAUAACACAAGAGUGUGGCCUAACCCACCCAGCAUACCAGUGAUGACGUUCUCGGAAUCGGAUUGCAGAGGCAUCAUUUUCCCGCAUGAUGACCCACUAGUUCUUACAAUUGAUAUAGCAAAUGCCGAUGUGAACAGAGUACUGGUAGACGGCGGCAGCUCAGAAAACAUCAUCUUCUGGGAAGCCUUUAAACAAUUGCACAUACCAGAGGACGAGCUUCAAAGGGUGAACUACCCAGUAAUCGGUUUCUCAGGAUCUACAGUGUACCCAGAGGGUAGUAUACGGCUGCCGGUGAAAAUCGGAGAAGGAUCUGAAAUGCGAGAUCUCAUGGUGGAUUUCCUAAUCAUUAAAGUACCAGCGGUCUACAAUGUGAUCAUCGGUCGCCCAUUCAUACAUGACGUGCAGGCGGUAGUCUCCACCUAUCACUUGACAAUGAUAUAUAUGUCGAACCUGGAAAGGCCGGCAAAGAUAAGGGGAAGUCAGUUGGCGGCAAGGUCCUGUUACUUGACUGCUUUGAGAACACCGGGAAGAAUGGUCCCAGAAGUAAACUUGACUACUGAGCCGGCAAGGCAGGAGGUACACUUGACUACCAAGCCGGCAAGACAAGAACAACUGCCAAAAAGGAAGAGCUGCACAAAAAGGGGUCGAACCGACCUGAACAUGGAACACUUUGAUGAGAGGCCGGUAUCAGCACCAAGACCAAUGCCAGAUGGUCUGACAGAAAAUAUCGAGCUGGAGGUUGGAAACAUGGAUAGAACAGUCGUGAUCGGUACAGAAAUGGGGAGUGACAUGAAGGUUAACCUCAUAAGCUUGCUGAGGGAGCACGCGGACAUCUUCGCAUUCUCGGCGGAUGAGAUGCCUGAUAUCGAUCCAGAGAUAAUGGUCCACCGGUUAAACGCCGACAGAAAUGUUAGGCCUGUACGGCAGAAAAAACGUAAUUUCUCCACGGAAAAAAUGACAGCAAUACAAGAAGAGGUGGAUAAACUGCUGGCGGCAGGUUUUAUUGAGCCAUGUGACUACCCUGAAUGGUUGGCAAACGUAGUAAUGGUAAAAAAGUCAAGUGGGUCAUGGAGAAUGUGCGUAGAUUUCACCAACCUUAACAGAGCAUGUCCGAAAGAUUUCUACCCAUUACCACGGAUUGAUAGGCUGGUAGACUCCACUAGCGGCCAUGCAAUGCUCAGUUUCCUAGAUGCUUUCUCAGGGUAUCAUCAGGUAAGCCUGCAUAAAUCAGACAGGAAGAAGGCGACCUUUAUCACGGAUGCAGGAGUUUUCUGUUAUAAGGCGAUGCCAUUCGGGUUGAAAAAUGCAGGGGCAACGUAUCAAAGGCUGGUCGACAAGGUGUUUGCCGACCAAAAAGGCAGAAACGUGGAGGUCUAUGUAGAUGACUCUAUCGUAAAAAGCCGGAAGGAGGAGGAUCAUGUUAGCGACCUCCGAGAAACUUUUGAAACUUUGAGAAAAUACAGGAUGAAAUUAAACCCAAAAAAAUGCGUCUUCGGAGUAAGGUCGGGAAAAUUCCUGGGUUGCUUGGUCAGCGAGCGUGGCAUAGACGCUAACCCUGAAAAAGUAGAAGCAAUCAUCAGUCUGCCGCAACCCAAGAGCGUAAAAGACAUACAGCGGUUGACAGGAAAAAUGGCCGCCUUAAACAGAUUUGUGAGCAAGUCGGCAGAUAAGCAAAUGCCCUUCUUCACAACCUUGAGGCAAAACAAGAAGUUCAAAUGGGGGCCGGCAGAGCAAGAGGCUUUUGAAGCUCUAAAAAGUCACCUAAAGAACCUGCCAACAAUAGCAAGGGCAAAAGAGGGCGGCAAAUUACAAUUGUACAUAUCGGCGUCGCCAAAAACAGUUGCAGCAGUACUGGUAGCCGAAACAGAAAACAAAGGGCAACAGCCGGUAUAUUUUGUGAGCCAUGUGCUAAACGGCCCAGAAACAAGAUACACGUUGGUGGAAAAAAUGGCAUAUGCAGUCCUCAUCGCGGCUAGAAAGUUAAGACCAUACUUUGAUAUGCAUACAAUCGAAGUGUUAACAAACUUUCCUCUCGAAAAAGCCAUCAGCAAGCUAGAUACAUCAGGCCGGUUGCUAAAAUGGGCAAUAGAGUUGUCCGAGUUUGACUUGGAAUUCCGGCCAAGAACUGCAAUCAAAGCCCAGGCAUUGGCGGACUUCAUAGUUGAAGCGUCAUACCAAGAAGAUGAAGUACAAGCUGAAGUAUGGGAUGUGUCAGUGGAUGGUUCAGCUGCACAGACAGGCAGUGGGGCUGGAAUAAUCAUGAAAUCGCCAACAGGAGACAUUUUUGAGUAUGCUAUAAAGUUUAUGUUCAACGCGUCAAAUAACGAGGCAGAAUACGAGGCAGCAAUUGCCGGCAUCCAAAUGUGCCUCGCAGCAGAUGCCAAAAGAGUAAUACUGACAACAGACUCCCAGCUGGUAGCAAGUCAAUUCAGCGGAGAAUAUGAGGCCAAAGAACCUUCAAUGGUCAAAUACCUGGAGAAGUUGAGGUCGGUGUCGGCUCAGCUAGAGAAAUUCAGCAUUAAUCUGGUACCCCGAGCAGAAAACACACUGGCAGACGCACUAUCAAAGUUAGCAAGUUCAAAUGUCGCCGACUUGAAAAGAACAGUCAUGAUGGAAGUCAUGAAUAAGAGAAGUACGGAGUCGGAGGUAAUACGGGUCAUGGCCAUCACAACUACCUCAGAAUGGUACGAUAAUAUCCAAACAUACAUACAGACUGGAGCCCUACCAGCAGAUUUAGCAGAAGCCAAAAAGACAAAAAGGGACUCGGUUUGGUACAUCAUCCUGUGGGGACGGUUGUACAAAAAGUCAUUUAGCCUGCCAUUCUUAAGGUGCCUGACAGCAUUCGAGUCAGCAAGGCUGAUCGAAGAGAUGCACGAAGGAACACGUGGGAACCAUGCCGGUGGAAAACCCCUUGCCAUCAUCUGUCAAAGGCAAGGCUAUUACUGGCCAACAAUGUUAGAAGAUUGUCGAGCUUAUGUAAAAAAGUGCGAGAAAUGUCAAAAGUUUUCAGCUGUGAUAAACUUGCCAGCCAAUGAUUUGAUGCCCAUUCUGAACCCAAUCCCAUUCGCACAAUGGGGAAUGGAUAUUGUUGGACCAUUCCCAAUGGCGGCUGGAGGGCGCAAGUUCUUAAUAAUAGCAGUGGACUACUUCACCAAGUGGAUAGAAGCAGAGCCGGUAGCAAAAAUAACGGCAAACCAGAGCAAUGGGCAAGCAGAGGCGGCGAAUAAGCAAAUCCUGGCUGCACUGAAAAAGAAGCUAGAAGACUGUAAAGGCAAAUGGGCAGAUCUUAUGCCAGAAAUUCUGUGGUGCAACAGAACUGCUAUCAAGGAGGCUACCGGCGAGAGUCCAUUUAAAUUAAGCUUCGGGUCUGAGGCUGUCAUACCGGCAGAAAUGGCUCUGCCAACCAUGCGAAUCCAGCAUUACGAUGAGGAGAGAAACGAUCAGCUGCUGCGACAUCAGUUGGAUUUCAUGCCAGAAAUCCGCAUGAAAGCAGAAAUCAGUUCGGCAGCAUACAAAAGCAGAAUGAGCAGAGCAUACAACAAGAAAGUGAAACACCGGCCUCUAGGAGUAGGAGACCUGGUACUGCGGAGAACGGCGGCAACAGGAAAAGGAAAUGCUCAAGGAAAGCUGACAGCCAAUUGGGAAGGACCAUACCAGAUAUGGGAGGAAAUUGUUCCUGGAUCAUACCGGUUAAUGCAAAUGGAUGGUACCGCGCUCAAGAACUCCUGGAACGCCAGUACUCUUAGAAAGUACUAUGUUUGA